CGAGCAGACACAGGCAGCAGGCGCAGUCUGCUGUGACGCGGCGUACCCUAGGCUGUGGCUGAGGGACCCGAAGUGUUUUAGAGGCUGCGAUAUUUACUGAAAAAUAAAGUGUCUAAAGUGUCUAAGUUAGAACUGAAUGCGAAAUACUCCAGGGCUGAAACUAACUCUGAAGGCUUUGCGUUACUCAGUAGUUCAGAAAAACUUAGGAAAAAUUGAAGUGACAAAAAUGUCAACAAUUGAAAAUUUCACCUCUGAAAAGUAGCAUGAAACUAUGAAACUGUGACUCGAAAUUUCGAUAUGAAAUCCUAAAUCCCCUUCACCCCUCCCGAUAAAUUUCACCGCGAGUGAAAAAUGACGAGUGAAUAAAAUACGAAUUAAUCAUUCAAACGAAUUACUGGCACGCAGCGUACAUCGAAUAAAUAACAAAUGAGUGUGUAUAUAUUUCCGCGAUUGAACAGUGACAUAAUGCAUUUAUUCUUCUAAUGAAUAAUAAUGAAGGUAUUAUCCUCUGAAAGAACACCACUGCAAAUCAUCGUUUUUCCAAACCAUUAACCGGUAAAGCUCUGCCUAGGAUGAUUAAUACGUAAUAUUAUCGUCCAAUCUUUUCGACUAAACUGGAAUUUCCGACUUUUAUUUUUUAUAUGAAGCUACAGGUCAUCAAUCAUUGAAGAUAUUGUAUGAUGGUCGAAGUUCAAUAUGAUUUUCAUGAAAACGCUAAUUAACGGACAAUAUUGUUGGUUACGGAGAAAAUAUUGAUGAAAGCAACAAAACUGAAAAUAAAGUUACCUCUAAAGGAAAUACGAGAGGCAAGUGAACAAUUGUUGGUACCAAACGUUAUAAACACAAAGAGGAUAUAAGAAAAUAGUUCCCUAUUAUUAAAUAAUAUGAGAAGAUGAACACUUAUAAGUGAGCCGAAAAUAUUUCUUGAGAAUUCUAAAUAUCCAGUGUCAGAAAACAUCGAAUUUCUUUGCCCAAAACACUCAAGAACUGAAAUGCCCGUCUAUCAUUGAUGCUUUCCCAAUGGAAAACUGGUCCUAAAGUAAACUGAAUAUCAAAAUAACCAUAUAAAUAUUAUAGAUGAAAGUUGCUCUUGCUAAAGAAUCAUUAACAGAGACACUUCUAAUCUUGCAAGCAAUACACCAGCGCCUCAUCGGACCAUUUCGUCAAAUGAACAAAAGUGAAAGCACAAAUUGAGAAGAGAGAGAGAGAGAGAGAGAGAGAGAGAGAGAGAGACGACGUGGAACAGAGUCAUCGCGAGGGUUUCUAAGGGCAUCAAUAGAGCUUCAGUGCCAGAAUAAUACGCGCAACGAGUGGAACAGACAUCACAGGACUUAUUAAGCGGCAGAAAAAGUGCAGCGACGUAGAUUGCUUCUAAUUCUGGAAAUCACUUUUAUCACCCGCUGUAAAAAAAGAAAAAAAAUGAUAAUAAAGAGUUAAUUAACUUAAACUCACUGGCCAAAAAGAGUGAUAAAAAGUGAUUAACGAACACUCGUCUCCAUAAAGGAUUAAUGAUUUUCGUUGGCCCCUAAAGGAUAAACGGGCGAGAGAUUACUGCCAUUUAGCACGGACGAGUAUCAAAAGAGAGGUUCGGAAUGAAGUGGAUGCUAUAGAAAAAAUAAAAAAAAUAAAAAGGAGACCCCUCUUAAAAUAAAUUUAAUUAAAAAGUAUUUCUUAUUUACAGAGAUGCAAUUUAAACUCAUAUUUUCGCAGUGAAAGGCAAGUAAGACAAAGAACGCAUUUUAAUGAUAAAGAUGCGAUAUGUUUUAUAUAUAUAUAUAAUCAUCGUGGCACGCGUUAUCCCUCGAAGAACUAAAUAUUAAAGUGAACCAAAUAAAAAACUAAUAAAAAACUACUCAUCUGUCUCUAAAUAAACACACGUUUCUCCCCCAGGGCAGCCAGAUUUGGAAACAUCCAUUCAACUUCAGGUUAUAAAAUUUUAAAUUACGGAAGUGAAAACCAGAAGAGAAUAUUUUGCCUCCGAAAACUACUACGUAGAGAUCUGAAUUCUAAAUAAGGACGUAAAGCUCCAACAGUAGAGACUUUCUCGUAAACUUUUCUGGUAUUCAAAUGUCAAUGGAGGGGACAAAAAUGUGAGGACCUUACAUCAUUAUUUACUUGUUUCUGCAUAUUUACAUAGUCUCCCUGAAUGAUAAGCUCUUUUCGGAUAAGGCGAAUUACUUCGAUAGAAUUCAUACUAUCUAAAACCCAGCUAAUGUUUCACUCAAGCAAAACACGAGUUGUUUAAAAUUCAUCGGAAACAGCUGUAUAAAGAGCAUUGCUUACAAAUAAUAAGAGAGGGCAAUCAUAUCCCCCUCCAGCAUAAACAAACAAACAAAAUACCGCAUUCAAAUACAGAGGAAAAACAAGCUGCCAUAAAAGCGAGUAAAAUGAUCCUCGAGUUCAUACUGACCCUGACAUUGGUAGGGAGCGUUGUGGGAAAAGAACAGCUGUGGGCAAUACAGCUGACGACACAACAUGAGGAGGCGGCUGAAGAGGUGGCCAGCGAACUGGGGAUGAUGGUGAUAGGAAAGGUAUUCGAUGACGUCUUCUUGCUCCGCGGGGAAGUGGAUCGAGACGAUAGUGGAGGAGACGACCAGGUUAAGAGCGGCAGCAAACUCCACCAUCCCAAGAUCUUAUGGGCCGAACAGCAAACCGGACACCGUAGGACAUCACGCUAUAAAAUAGUUGAAGAAAAGGUAAAAAAUCAAAACGAUGGAAAAAGUGCGAGAGCAAAAUACACAAUGGGACGCCAGCCUCCAAGAUCCAUUCCAAAAAAUAAGAACCAUUUUGGAAGAAUGCCACGAGACGUUGGGGGGUUAAACCGCAAGCCCCUCAAAUCGCCAUGGUCUUUUCAAAGGGCCCGUGAUCCAUUACGGUGGCGCCAAUGGUACCUCGGUCCAGGGGGUGGGAUGCACCUCAAUGUUACUAGUCUCUGGGCCGCAGGGAUUAGAGGCGGUGGUAUAAGUGUUGCCAUUCUUGAUGAUGGUGUGGAAUUAACCCAUCUCGACCUUGCUCUGAAUUAUGAUCCAGCUGCUUCCUGGGAUCUUUUGGAUUCAGAUCCAGAUCCAAUGCCUGUUUCUUGGUCUCGCCAUGGUACCCAACUUGCAGGCAUUAUCGCUGCAACGCACUUCAAUGGCAUGUGUGGUAUGGGUGUCGCUCCUUGGUCCGGUGUGGGGGCAGUUAGAAUGCUUGGAUAUGUAGUGUAUGAUGCUGUGGAAGCUGCUGCUCUCUCAUAUGAAAGGGACCACGUAGAUGUCUAUGUUGCAGCAUGGGGACCUGUUGAUACUGGAGCUGUUAUGGAAGGACCUGGGGUCUUAGCCUCUAGAGCAGUGAGGGAAAGUAUUGCACUUGGCCGGAAUGGGCUAGGUUCCAUAUACGUAUGGGCGUCAGGUAACGGAGGCUAUGUGGGUGAUGACUGCAAUGCUGAUGGAUAUUCGAAUUCUGUAUACACACUAACUGUAAGCGGUAGCACAAAGAAAGGGCGAGCUCCUGAUUACGCUGAAACUUGUGCUGCCACUUUUGUGUCAACUUACAGUGGAGAUGCAGAUUCUGAAUAUAGCGCUGAAGAACAAAUUAAUGGUAUAGUCACAACUGAUUUAGGAGGAGUUUGCACAGAUUCUUUCCGUGGUUCUUCAGUUUCAGCAGCUAUGGUAGCAGGAGCUUGUGCUCUAGCCCUUGAUGCAAAUCCUCGGCUUGGAUGGAGAGAUAUGCAGCACCUCAUGGUUGAGGCUGCGACUCCAUAUAAUCCACUACCCUCACAGUGGGACACCAAUGGUGUCGGUCGCAUGUAUUCACAUUACUUCGGGUUUGGGUCUCUUGAUGCAGGAAAAAUGGUUGACCUAGCUCGCAACUGGAAAAAUGUUCCUCCAGCUUUUAGGUGUUAUGCGCAUUCACCUCAUAAAAACAUUACUUUUAUUCCAGAUGAAACACUUAUUCUACCCAUCAGUGUUUCGGGUUGCCAAAUAGUGCAAGCAGAGCACAUUCAGGUAAAUAUUUCUUUAAGUGCUGACAACAGAGGACAGAUAGAAAUAGGUCUUAGAUCUCCUUCUGGGACUUAUUCUACGCUUCUACCUCAGCGCCCCUUGGACCUUUCACCCUACGGUAUACAAAACCACCCAUUAUCGUCAGUUCACAUGUGGGGUGAAGACCCAAGAGGGAUAUGGAAAAUAUAUAUAACUUACCACAAUUCUAGCAUUCUUGAUCAAUUUGGUGACAAGAAAUAUGUAACUGUUCCAAACAAGCUACAUGCAUGUUCACUGAUUGUACAUGGGACAGAGGUUCCUAUUGACCAAUCCACUAUCUAUAAUCAUCAUUACACGGAGACACAACUGUCCGAAAUUCUACUCACAAAAAACACAAGUGCUGAAAUGGAAUCAACUGUAGCUGAAAUGGACAAUUCGCCACUAAUAGAAGUGGAUUACUGGACUUCACCUCCAGAGAACAAUACAGAAAUAACCCUAUUUCUUUUCUGCAGGGUCACGACUUCCCUUCCUCGCUAUGUUACAAAUAUUCAGUGGCAGACCUUUGGAGGUGAAACUUUCCAUGAUGCAAUCAGGCAUCUAAAGGGACAUGGAUCCCGAUCUGAAAAAUAUCCUGCAGUUUUGACAAUUAAGAAAACAGAAAAUAUAAAGGGAAAUUUUACCUGUAAAGUAUCUUAUAAUGGUGAGGAAUACUCGAGAGAUGUUCACAUAAACAGCAUCUACUCCAGUACACCACAUACCACUGAAACUGUGCGUGUAGCAGAAGCUGGAAAACCCAUCAUUCUUCCCUGCGAAAACCUGUCGCCGAUCAUACGAGGGACAUGGACGAAAGAUGGUCAACAAUUACAGUCCUCCCCAAGGAUAACAAUCACCGAGGACCAGUUGCUGAUUAAGAACGUCACCUCAGAAGAUGCCGGGGUUUACGAGUGUUACAAGAAUGCUUCAAGACUCCACUACGCCCACAGGUCUUCCAUAACGCUACUGAUGGCCAAGGGACCCUCCACCUUGAUUCAGUACUAUGCAAUAGACUCCCAUCCACCCAUCCCACAAGUGAAACCUCAACCGAGUUGCCCCUCAAUCAAUAUCAGUGAGGAAGAGAUGACAGACACAGACUCUGAAUCCCUUGCGGUGGAUACACUGGGGCUACCCAAGAAACCGUGCCCACCACCGUACAGGCCCGUUGAGGGUCACUGCCUCCUGAUAGGGGCAGGGCCAGCAAGACCUUGGCAUCAAGCCCGGGAACAGUGCCGCAAGCGGAAGGGAGAACUUCUUGUCGUCCAUGAUGCUUCACUCAUGCUGGCACUCAUUCAGUUACUGCACACCCAAGGACUGGCCAGCAAGUCCUUCUGGGUAGGAGGCCUGAGAGACGACGUAGACUCCUGGCGAUGGGUAGACGGCAUACCUAUGCCCAUGUCUACCCCCUUCUGGUUCCUGACGCCGACGCAUCAGCCCCAGGAGGUUCCGAUCAUCCAGAGGAACGAAGAAAGGUCACUGCAUGACAUUGGGUCAAGAAGAGAAGUAUUUGAAUCCGAUGGGGGAAUGUUCAUGGCAUCAACUAGACCUACAGCGUCACAAACAUCUCUCCUGCGAAGGUUGGGCAUCCAGAAAUCCAGUCACUCUCCUCGGCGAGGUCAGAUGAAAAGAGGGACGAACAAGAAGAGGAGGAGGAGAAGGAGAAGCUUGGAAUCCAGUGCACAUUCCAGACCUCAACAUUCUCGCCAAACAGUUUCCAGGACGAAAACAGAAGAGGGGUACGAUCUCGAAGUAAGCGGCUUUGCUGACCCAGCCUCCCCAGAAGACGAGACCCCGACUAGAAGAGCCAUCGGUAAUUCCAGGGGCAAUUCCAGAAAGAAGAAGAGCUUUCCAGCAGCGCUGCUGCAGCAACGAAGGACGUCGCCGCGCAAUUCCACAGGUUCCCAAAGUUCUCGUAAGCCGCGGCCACUGAGGGCUAAAACCAGGUCUGGCAGACCGCGGCCAUCAAACACCAGCCUUUCCGGGACCACGCUUGGCACCCCGACUGGAAGCCCCCCCGGUCCUCCUCUUGAGGAGGAUCCUCCUUCAGGGACGGGCGCAGGAGGCGGCUCUCAUCCCACGCAGGACACCACUCCUCACCCACGUGACAUUUACGGCCAGAGAGCCGUGUGCAUGUGGGCCGGACUGCGUCACUUCUUCGGGUCCUGCUCAGUGCUUGAGCGUCUAAGUGCUUUGUGCGAGUACAAAGAAACUUGAAGCAGCCGAGCGGAAUCGCUCUCCAGCUUUAAAAGGAAAAUAAGAAUAAAAAAUAAGACUUAAAGAGGAUAUGCUACUAUGGCACUGUGAGAGAGAGAGAGAGAGAGAGAGAGAGAGAGAGAGAAUUAUUAUUCCAAAUCGUACAUAGUAUCAGCAAAUCACAAAUCGUUGUUUUUUCCUAAUAGUAAAUUCUGUGUAAAAGGUAAACACAAUUAUAUCGCUAUUCUGGUUUUUUAAAUACAUAAACAGUAUAUGAAAA